AAGUUUUGAAUAGGGCAAAUAGUAAGAGCCGAGGUGAACAGAAGAUAAUAAGCUAAGAUAAACUCUCUACUGGACCUCACAAGUAAGUAUCUCACUCGCUUGCUCACAGUAGCCGAUCGGGGAUCUAUCAGCAACUCAUCCUAACUCUGAACAGUUGCAAGGGGCCCACCUAGUUGUUGUUGUCAUCGUCGUUAUCGUCGUCGUUGUCGUUGUUGUUAGGAGUAGCAGUAUUAGCAUCAAAUUUUCAUCUCUAUUAAUUCUAUGUAUUGACUAUGCAGGCUAUCAAUGUUCUUGUCACUUUCAAUAGGAUGAUCUUUUCAAGAGCAAAAGCUAUUAAUUUGAUCUGUUACUCUAACCAAACCCUUUCUCAGCUAUUUUGCACUCUUCAUACAAAAAAUUUGCGAGCCAAGCCUCAGCAUGAACGAUCACGGAUUGCAAACUCACAGAGUCGCAAGCGCAUGCCUUUCAUCACCCAAGUCAAACAAUUGCAUGACCCAGAAGAAGCCCUAUUGCUUUUUCAUGAAUACAAGAAACAAGGAGUCAAGCAUGACUACCCCUCCUAUGCUGCAUUACUCUACAAACUGGCUCGAUCAAGAAGCUUUGAAGCUGUUGAAGCUGUUCUUGCUUAUAUUCAAGACAGAGGCAUACACUGCAAAGAAACCAUUUUUGUUGCUCUAUUUCAGCAUUACAACAAAGCCAAACUUCCUGAAGAGCUGAUGGCAUAUCGAGGGUGCAGACCUCAGCCGAUCAAUUUUUCUGUUUUGAUGAAUGAUUUGGGUAAGAGAGGGAAGAUUGAGGAGGCAAAAUCAUUACUUCACGAGAUGAGAAAGAGGAGGUUGAAGGCAGAUGUUGUAAUCUACAAUGUUUUGAUAAAUUAUCUCUGCAAGGAAGGGAAGACAACAGAAGCUUAUAAAGUUUUAAUUGAGAUGCAGAUUAAGGGUUGUGAGCCCAAUGCCGCUAGCUACCGGAUGAUGGUUGAUGGUUUCUGCAAGACUGGAGAUUUUGAGGGAGGUCUGAAUGUUUUAAAUGUAAUGCUAGCAAGCAAACAUUAUCCCCGUUCUGAAACAUUUAAUUGUUUAGUUGUGGGCCUGUUAAUCUGCGGGAAGAUUGAUGAUGGUUGCUUUGUCUUGAAAGAGAUGGAGAAGAGAAAGCUGCAGCUUGCUCUAAAGAGUUGGGAAACUCUUGUGAAAUUUGCUUUUGCUGAAGACAAAAAUGCUAGUGAGCUUAUAGAUGACCUUACAGCUCAUUAUCAUCUGCAUUAGGCAAGGUAUUAGUGGCGGAUUAAAUUUUGUGGCAACUCUUUUGCUGUGGCUUGAACAUCCUUAUUGCAUUAAAAUGGUGGAUUAUUCUGGCACAGGAGCUCCUGGAUGGGAAUUAAAAUUUUAACUUCGGUUAUUUGGUAGGAACAAGUUGGACGAGAGUGCAUUAGACAGUGGCCAUAUUUUGCUGGCCAAAGUUUAAUACAGAAUCUUGGGAGUCUAUUUAUAAUGAUGCAAUUAUCUAAAAAUCUGAAUCUAAUUCCCGCCAACUGGCUUGCUUUUAGAAUGCUUACCUGAAAGUUGAUAAGUCAAGCAUAAUUGCAACCUGAAAUUUCAAUAGCCUCGAUGUGUUCUCUGACUCUUUGAUGUUGGCCAAAUCCCAUAUCGAUAUUUUUGGGGGCAGAAGUUACUAUUGCCUUGUUCAUGCUUCUUCUCUUAGGUUCAGAUUCCAUUUUUCUUCCCCUUUCUCUGCUUGAGAUCUGCUGCGAAAAGCCAAGCAAAGCAAGGCUCCUGUCACAGUAAAAAAGGAAGAAGUGGAUCUAAGAGGGUUACUGGCUGUUGUAGAUAUGAGACUUACGUCCAACUACAUGACUUUUGUUGACUGUUAUUUAUCUUACUUUUUCAGAUUCCAAGAUAGUAGAACAGGAGUAAUUCGGAUGAUUUUGUAUCUAAAUGUUCUGACCUUGGCAAUACAGCGAUAUAUUCCACGAUAUGAAGGCAGUAUAACCUGACUGAUGCCGUGGCUGCCAUGUCAAGAGGAAUAAUGGGCAACCUGCCAGUCCCUAAGUAAUAACAUUGUGGCAUCAUCUUACUUGCCCUUAUUUUUCACGUGUUGAAUAGAGCAUAAACAAGCUCAUAUAAACAAAAUAAAUUUAAUAAUCAAUUUUUAAUA